AUACCGAGCGCCAGAAGUGCUCAUGGGCAUGGAGUGCCAGACCACAGCAGUGGACGUGUGGGCUGCUGGUGUAGUACUGCUUACCCUGCUGUGCCGCACGACACACUUCCAGUGGUUCCAGUCCAACGACAUAAUCACGGCAAUGAUGGAAAUCUCUUUGUGUACCUUGGAAGUGCGCUUGCCUGACUGUCUGAGCAGCUUGCGCAUGUACAUCAAGAGCAUGGAUGCUGUGUGGAAGCAAAACUAUGGGUAUACGGGUAAGUACAGAGAUAAGAUCAGAGAUGUUAUCGAAGAUUUCAAGCUCGACGUUAAGGUAAAAUUGUUGUCGUCGGCGUUGUUGUAUCAAGAGGAUGAGGAUGAGGGUGAUAUGGAGGCGGGAGGCCUGAGGUUGCUAAUUUGAUGUCAUUCAGAUUCCACCAUUGGACCUGCAUCUCAGCUAUGCCCGUGGUUUGAAGCAAACAUGGCG